UGACAACACGUCAAAAAUGGCAGAUCCAGCACCUAGCAAAAGUGAUAUUGAAGAAAUAUUUAAAAGAUUGCGAGCUAUUCCAACGAAUAAGACAUGUUUCGAUUGCAAUGCAAAAAAUCCAGCAUGGUCAAGUGUGACUUAUGGUGUCUUCCUAUGUAUCGACUGUUCUGCAGUUCAUCGAGGAUUAGGAGUUCAUUUAACAUUUGUUCGAUCCACUCAACUUGAUACAAAUUGGACUUGGUUACAAUUGAGGAAUAUGCAAUUGGGAGGAAAUGCAAAUGCUAGAAAAUAUUUUAUACAGCACAAUUGUACAACAACUGAUGCCCAGCAAAAGUAUAAUUCACGUGCUGCUAUGCAAUAUAGAGAAAAAUUGAUGCAAGCAUCUGUACAAGCAAUGCGGCGUUAUGGAACAAAGGUUUUUCUUCCUUCAACAAAAAAUAAGACAAUGUUACAUUUAGAUGAAGACCCAGUAUCAGCAUCUGAAGAGCAAGGUGAAAUUGAUUUUUUUAAAGAACAUGAAAAUACUGAAGCACAUCAUAAUGAAUCUUCACUGCAUACUGAAGGAAAUUCAGUUUCUGUUUGUGACUCCAUAUCAAACAACGACAAUGAGGAUAAAAGUAACCAGAAAGAUAACUUAGAAAUUGCUGCUAAUUCUUUAGGACCUACUGUUAAGUUAUCUGAUACUACCUCAAAUUUGAUAUCUGAGAGGAAACCUACUAUAGGUGUCAGAAAAGUUCAGAAUAAACGAACUGGUUUGGGGAAAAAGACUGGAGGAUUAGGAGCUCAAAGGGUUAAAACAAAUUUUGAUGAGUUAGAAAGAAGUGUUGCUGAAACUAGCAAAGAAUCACAAGAGAAGGAUCAAGAAAAUACAAAAGAAGAACAAGAAGAAAUUGCUACACGUCUUGCUUAUCGAUAUGAAAAGAAUUUAAGUGAACAAGCCAAAAAGAUAGAACAGAGAACAAAACAGUUAGACCCUUCCAAAGCAAUGCAAGCAGAACGUCUUGGUAUGGGAUUUAACACACGAAGUGGUGCGAGUCACUCUGCGCUUGGCGAUAUGCAGACAAUAACUCAGGAAACAUCAUCAAAAACUAUAACUGCUUCUGAACCAAGGCCAAGAGAUGAUCUCGAACGUGAGCUUCUUAUUCGUUUAGACGAAUUUUAUGCGUCCUUAUUAACCCCAUAUAGUAGCAAUACUAACAACAAAUCUCAUAAUGAGGAAGUUAUUAUUGUAAAGCCAGAAUCACCAAAACGAGUAGCUGCACCAAGCAAACCAAAUAAUAGUAAAAAUGAUAAUAAAACGAUGGUGGAAGGAGAAGCACAAAAGAAAUUUGGUAGUGCCAAGGCUAUUAGUUCAGAUCAGUAUUUUCAGGAUAGUAAAGAUGAUGAUUCUUGGGAACGUAAAAGUAAUUUACGACGUUUUGAAGGUUCAUCUAGUAUUUCAUCAGCUGACUAUUUUGGCACAGGAAGUUCUACUGUAACACCUUCCACGCCUUCUUUAUCUGGAGUUGAUUUAGAUGAUGUUAAAGAAAGUGUUCUUGAAGGCGUAAAUAAGGUCACAGACAAAUUAAGUUCUCUUGCCAAUACAGCUCUUUCUUCUCUACAAAAACACUAUGGACUUUGAAUGAAAAUUUACUGCAUUUUACUAAAAUUGUUACUAAACUUAUAUUUGGACACUUCUUGUCCAUUGUUCGAAACUGUAAAUAAAAACUUGUAAUUCAGCUUAUUCGUAAUUUGCUUUUUAAAGUUAU